GCAGCAGCGGCGGCAGCAGCAGCAGCAGCGCCGGGAUCGGGCAGCUCCGCCGCCACCGCGCCCGAAGCGCUGGGCUGCGGGGCGCCGUGCAGCCCAGCCCGCCUCGGCGAAACUUUUGCCUCGCCUCGGCUGGCCCCGCGCCGCGGCGGAGCCCUUUUUCGUCUCGGCCUGGAGCUGACAGCGGCCCGGCGGGCAUCGCCUCCCGACGCGGGCGCCGGCAGGGUAAGCAGCACUCCCGUCCCCCACGCGCCAUGCCACUGGGGCACAUCAUGAGGCUCGACCUGGAGAGGCUCGCUCUGGAGUACGUCGUGCCCUGCUUGCAUGACAUCGGCUUCUGCUACCUGGACAACUUCCUGGGAGAGGUGGUGGGAGACUGCGUGCUGGAGCGGGUGAAGCGGAUGCACCGCGACGGGGAACUGGCCGACGGGCAGCUGGCCGGCCCCAGCCGCGGCGUAGCCAAGCGGCACCUCCGCGGCGACCAAAUCAAGUGGAUCGGGGGCACGGAGGAGGGCUGCGAGGCCAUCAACUUCCUCCUCACGCUGAUAGACCGGCUGGUGAUGUACUGCGGGAGCCGGCUCGGCAAGUACUACGUGAAGGAGCGAUCCAAGGCUAUGGUUGCUUGCUAUCCUGGAAAUGGAACUGGGUACGUUCGUCACGUGGACAAUCCAAACGGCGAUGGGCGCUGCAUCACCUGUAUUUAUUACCUGAACAAGAACUGGGACUCCAAGCUGCACGGUGGAGUUCUUCGGAUAUUCCCAGAAGGCAAGUCCUACAUAGCAGACGUGGAGCCCAUUUUUGACCGACUCCUCUUUUUUUGGUCAGAUCGAAGGAACCCACAUGAAGUCCAGCCUUCUUAUGCAACCAGGUAUGCCAUGACUGUGUGGUAUUUUGAUGCUGAAGAAAGAGCAGAAGCCAAAAAAAAGUUCAGGAACUUAACCGAUGCAAGGAAGAGAGAAGCACCUCAUAAUGAAGACUGAUCAACUGUUCCUGAACUCUUUGUGAGGCAAUAAGACCCCCAAAGAUGACUUCCAUUUCCAGCAAACAAGGGCAAAUUCUCGUUAUGCACAAGAACACACUGGUUGUGUCUUAUGUGCAUCUUAUAUAGAUGGUACUUCAAGCAGCCUUCUGUCAUGCCUGCAUUUGGCAGAAGGAACUCUUGUUUUUCUAUUUGUCAUUUGCUGGAAAAAGUAACCAGGGUUAAAAAAGGGGAAAAAAAAA